GCAGAGAUACUGGCUAUCAUUGGCGUUUCAAAUAACUCGGGACGAAAUGGCGUAGCAAUUGUCAUGUCUGACAAAGCCCAUUCCGCUUUGAUUGAGUGGAAACAAGUAAGCGACCGUAUGACCUAUGCCCGUUUUAAGGGUUCUGCAAUAUCUCGAAUCAUAAUGCCGCUGACCUCAGCAAUUGGCGAAUAUGGCAUCGGAAAGCUGUGCACCAAUGGGGAACGCCUUCUUCGUUAUGCCGAAAAGUAUGAACUUUUUGUUACUAAUACUUGCUUCCGCUAUCGUAGAAAACGUCUAGUCACGUGGAACUCCCCGGACAACCAACACUUCAACCAGAUUGAUUAUAUCUUAAUCAGUAGCAGUUGGAAGAGUUCCGUACUAGAUAGUCAUUCCUAUCGCGGAGCUGAAAUGAGCAAUCUUCAUGGAUCUGACCAUGUUAUGGUUCCAGUCAAGAUCCGCAUAAAACUGACAACUCACAGAAAACAGCAUCCCCCAAGAUUCUUAAACUAUCUUAAAAAAUUCGGGGAGAGUGAACGCAUUUCAAACCGAAUUAUUCAAGCAUCUCAAUGGUACAAAUACCACUGA